CCGAGAGCGUGAGAAAAGAUGAGGGCGGGCCGGCAGAGACCCAGGCCCCCCUGGCUGGGAGCCAGUCCCACUCUGGAGGGUUGAGCGGGCGGCAGCAGCAAACAUUAACAGCAGCUCUUGUGAAAACCUGAACUAGGAUUUCAUGCAACCUCCUCCUGCCGACCGCAGCGGAAGGGUAAGCUUCUGCAUUCUCCAGUUGCCAUGAUAACUUUGAUUCGUUAAGACAGACAGCCAGAAGCCUGAGGCACAAGGCCAUCCUGCGAUAUCCGGAAAGUGUCUUCUUCCCUGGAGUUGCAACAUCUCUUGUCUUGUAGCUUCUGCUUGGAUCUCCUGCUCCCAUGGAUCUCUGCCAUGUGAGGAGUCCCUGAGGGCUUCCUUGUGGCAAACCACUGGGAGCGCAUGGCAGCGUGGACACAUCCCCCACCCACCGGUGGACAGAUGUUUCCACCCCUCGUUGCAAAAUGAGCCACGGCACCAGUUCCCACCUGGCUGAUUCUCCUCAGCUCUCCAAGAGGAGCCUGCUCAACAUCCUCGGGAGCCCCCAGCCUGAGAGGAUGAGCCUGUCGGACUCCAUGCCCCCUACCCCAAAGAGUGGCACCCCUUCCCCUGGCCCACCACAGCUCCCCCUGUUGAACUCCACCUGCCACGACAGUGACUGGGAGAGCCGGGAAGAGUUGCGCUUGCGAGAACUCGAGGAAGCCCGAGCCCGAGCCGCCCAGAUGGAGAAGACCAUGCGCUGGUGGUCUGACUGUACCGCCAACUGGCGAGAAAAGUGGAGCAAGGUCCGUGCGGAGCGCAACAAGGCUCGGGAGGAGGUGCGCCAGCUGCGCCAGAAGCUGGAGACCUUGAGCAAGGAGCUGACCAGUCUGAAGCGGGAGAAGCAGGAGGCCCUGAAUGAGAACGAGCAGCUGGGCAAGGAAGUGGCCCGUCUGAAAGGAGAAGGCAAGGAGGGGGAGAAAGAGAAAGAGCUGGACAACCGCAUCGUCUCUGAGAAGGAGAGCGAGGCCUCCCCGGAGCAGGAGCCAGUGCGAGACGUGGGCUCCGAGAAGGGGGUGAAAAAUAAG